UCCGGUCCCAGCCGCGGUAUAGAGAGCUACAUCUCCAGCAGCGGGCUUCACUGUGAAGGGGAACUGCUUAACUUUUUUUUUUAAUCCCAGCUUUCGGGUCUAAUGGACAAAGUCUUUGUAAAUGCUUUUUAAGAAUCUUCACUCUAAGAAAUCACACACUGGCUACUCAGCAGGCCCUGGCCUUGAGUCUUAUUUAAAGGGGUUCAACUUCACUGGUGAGCCUCCUUGGCUUCUCUGCACCUGAGUAACAGCUACUCCAAAUUCCAUCUCUUUCAUAUCCAAUUUACUAGUGACCAAUCAAAAGGACUUCUUGUGACCAUGAACACCUUCACACCCACUGAGUUUGAAUUCUCAUUCCUUGAGGAGGGUUUCUCUGCUCGGGAUAUUGUCGAGCAGAAGAUCAAUGAGUCAUCCAUGACGGAUGACAGGGAUGCCUUCUAUGUCUGUGACUUGGGAGAUGUGCUGAAGAAACACCUGCGCUGGGCAAGGGCCCUGCCUCGCAUUACUCCUUUCUAUGCCGUCAAAUGCAACGACAGCCGGGCUGUGGUCAUGACAUUGGCAUCUCUGGGAGCUGGCUUUGACUGUGCAAGCAAGACGGAAAUUCAGCUGGUUCAGUCUCUGGGAGUUGAUCCAAGCAGAAUCAUCUAUGCCAACCCCUGCAAGCAAGUUUCUCAGAUCAAGUAUGCAUCCGCCCAUGGGGUCCAGAUGAUGACCUUUGAUAGUGAGGUGGAACUCCUGAAAGUGGCCCGCUGCCAUGAAAAUGCCAAGCUCGUGCUGCGUAUUGCCACAGAUGACUCGAAGGCAGUGUGUCGUCUGAGUGUGAAGUUUGGAGCCCCACUCAAAGCUUGUCGAGGUCUUCUGGAGCGAGCUAAGGAACUGGGGUUGGAUGUAAUCGGUGUCAGCUUCCAUGUUGGCAGUGGCUGCACUGAUCCGGAGACCUACACCCAGGCUAUCGCAGAUGCUCGCUGUGUCUUUGACAUGGGGGAUGAGCUGGGCUUUAACAUGGAUCUGUUGGACAUCGGCGGUGGUUUCCCUGGUUCAGAUGAUACUGAACUUAAAUUUGAAGAGAUCACAGCAGUAAUCAACCCUGCUCUCGAUAAGUAUUUCCCUGCUGACACUGGUGUUAAGAUAAUUGCUGAGCCAGGACGCUUCUAUGUGGCCUCUGCUUACACACUGGUUGUGAACAUCAUUGCCAAGAAAGUCAUCAUGGAUGAGGAGUCAGCCUCUGAUGAUGAAGAUGAAGGGACCAGUGACAGGACUCUGAUGUACUAUGUCAACGAUGGAGUGUAUGGAUCCUUCAACUGCAUACUCUAUGAUCAUGCUCACUGUUUGCCAACACUGCAUAAGAAGCCAAAGCCAGAUGAGGUCAUGUAUCCCUGCAGUAUUUGGGGCCCAACAUGCGAUGGCCUCGACCGCAUUGUUGAGCAGUGUAACCUGCCAGACAUGCAGGUGGGCGACUGGCUGGUUUUUGAGAAUAUGGGUGCCUACACCGUGGCUGCCUCCUCCACCUUCAAUGGCUUCCAAAGACCAGACAUUCACUAUGUCAUGUCCCGCCCUGCCUGGCAACAUGUGCAGCAGAUCUGUUCUCAGGGCAUGCCAGCUCCUGCGGAGGAGUCUUGCCUGUUUGAAGUGCCAGCCUGCUGUGGCCGGGAGAGCAGCAUGGACAUGGCCACUAAGCCAUGCCAGGCCCAUGUGGUGUAAACAUACUGCACAAUUCAGCAAUGUUUUUCAGAUCUUGCAUCUUUUGUUAAUUAUUGGAGAAAGUUCUCUGUUUUAGUUUUCUUUCCUCCACAUGUACGUGAAAUUUUCAAGGCCAGUUACUUGACGGGAGAAUGAGAGGGACAUGUUGUUGCACACAUUUCUGUGUUCUGUAUGGAAGCUGGGGAUCAACCCUCAACGAAAUGAGGCUGAAUCACACUCUGAGUGUCUCUAUGGGUUCCAAGCAGAGUGUUACAGGGCAACUGAAUUUGUUUCUGCAUUUUCCUUGCUUAAUAUCAGGGAAUGACUGAAAGUAUUUAAGCGCUACACUUCAAUAUUAACCUAUUUCCUUAAUUGGAAUAUUGUUAGGAUAAAGAAAAAUAUAAAACCACUUCUAUGAAUGUUUCCCAUCAACUGAGAAGCAGACUGCUUACCAUACAAGCAAUGAACAGUGUUAACUGUAAACUGGUGAUCCUUCAUUGCCCUGUUAACAGCUGAAGUCACAUCCCUAGCUAGUAACUCACAAAGAGGUGGUUGGAAGGGUGAUUUAAUUCCUCAAAAAUGGCUGCUAUAUUAAUAUUUAUCUUUCCCACGAUCUCCACUUCUGUACAGAACCCCACAAGUGUUAAUCCUCAAGAUAUGUCAACACCAUAUUUAUUAUUUUUUUCCUUGUCAUUUCUGUUAUCAGUGUAUUUGUUCUAUCAGUGCUUCUCUGCAGAUUAUGGUGAAGAACAUCAUUUCAUGUAUAAAAAAAAAAAAUCCUGUAAGUCUCACAGGAGAUACUGUAUGCAGGAAUUAUACUCUGCAUGUCAAUACACCAUAUAGGCUUUGCUGAUGAUGCUACAGGUUGACAGUGUAGACAAACAUACUCAUUAGAUAUCUCAGCUACUUAUGAAGCAUGUGAUUCCCAACCUUGUCCCAGUCAGCAUACUCUACUGAAACCACCAACAAUGAAAAAUCUUAAAGUUUAACACUUACAACACAGGGACUCAAAAAGCAGACUGCACCUCUCCUCUUCUCCUCUUUAUUGUACCUUUUUAUGUUUUGUAACUUGUAGAAUGCGAAAACUCUGUUCAUAAUAUUAAUAAGAAGCAGAAGCAGUGUUUAACCUUACAUUUGAAAUGGAUAUGAAAGAGACGGGAUUGCAAUUUCGUAAUGCUUUCCUAUGGAAACUUUUUGAAGUUUUGUAUUUUUUUAAUAAAUAAAACACUAGGUGCAGAACCAAA